AUGCCUCAAGCUCAAGCGCAAAAGAAACAAAAGACUAGCUCCUCCCUGGAACAACUGAAGGCCUCCGGCACCGUCGUCGUCUCCGACACCGGUGACUUCGAGGCGAUCGCCAAGUACACGCCCCAGGACGCGACCACCAACCCCUCGCUGAUCCUGGCCGCAGCCAAGAUCGCCACGUACGCUCCCCUGAUCGACGUCGCCGUCGAGUACGGGAAGAAGGAAGGCUCCUCCACGGAGGAAAAGGUCGAGAAGGCCGUCGACAGACUGCUUGUCGAGUUCGGGAAGGAGAUCCUGAAGAUCGUCCCCGGACGAGUCUCUACCGAGGUCGACGCGCGGUUGUCCUUCGACAAGGACGCCACGAUCGCCAAGGCGCUCGAGAUCAUCGCGCUGUACAAGUCCCUCGGCAUCUCCAAGAACAGAGUGCUCAUCAAGAUCGCCGCCACCUGGGAGGGGAUCCAGGCCGCCAGGGAGCUGGAGGCCAAGCACGGGAUCCACUGUAACCUGACCCUGCUGUUCUCCUUCGCCCAGGCCGUCGCGUGUGCAGAGGCCAAGGUCACGCUGAUCUCCCCCUUCGUCGGCAGAAUCAUGGACUGGUACAAGGCCAAGACCGGCGAGACCUACACCGGCGAGACCGACCCGGGUGUCAUCAGCGUCAGGAAAAUCUACAACUACUACAAGAAGCACGGCUACAACACCAUCGUCAUGGGCGCCUCCUUCAGAAACGUCGACGAGAUCAAGGCCCUCGCCGGUGUCGACUACUUGACCAUCUCCCCUGGGCUGUUGGACAAGCUGCUGAAGAGCGAGGAACCCGUCCCCAAGGUGUUGGACGCAGCGAGCGCCAAGAAGGAGGGUGGCGAGAAGGUCUCCUACGUCGACAACGAGUCGGAGUUCAGAUUCCAGUUGAACGAGGACGCCAUGGCCACUGAGAAGUUGUCCGAGGGGAUCAGAAAGUUUUCCGCGGAUAUCGUCACUUUGUUCGACAUGAUUGAAAAGAAGGUUACCGCUUGA